CAGUUGUGCUCGAGCAGUCGCGAGCAACCGCACCGUAAACACACGACAUGCGUGCCACUAUUGUUAUUUUAUCGCUGGCGCUUUGCGCGACAUGCGCUAUGGCCCUGGACCAGGUUAGGCCCAUAAGGGCGGUAGCCAACAGCGCCGAAAACUUCGCUACCUCCUUCGUCAAGGCGGUGUCAAGCGAGAACAAGGGCAAGAACCUGAUCAGCUCGCCUUUGAGCGCCCACAUCGUCCUGUCCAUGGCUGCCUACGGAGCCGCAGGCAAAACCGCUCAGGAGAUGCGCCAAUCCCUGCACUUGCCCGAAAACGAUGCUAUGUCUCGCCAGGGAUUCCAGAGCCUCAUCGAUCAGCUCAACAACGUCGAGAACGUGACCCUGGAAGUGGCCAACAAGAUGUACCUCGCCGAGGGCUUGACAUUGAAACCCAAAUACAAACAACUGACCGCUGAUAACUUCCGCUCGGAGGCAUCGCAAAUCAAAGUCGAACAACCAACCGAGUCUGCCAACCUCGUUAACGGAUGGGUGAAGGAGAGGACUCAUGAUAAGAUCCAAGAGAUCGUCAAGCCCGAUGAUAUCAAUCCUGACACCAGAAUGCUCUUGUUGAACGCUGUCUACUUCAAGGGAAAAUGGGCCCAGAAAUUCAAGAAAGAGAGCACCGAGGACAGGACUUUCCACCUCGACGAGAAGAACGAAAAGAAAGUUCCCACUAUGUAUAACAUGGGUGAAUACUUCUACGGUGAAUUGCCCGACCUUAAGGCCAGAUUCAUCGAGCUUCCAUACGAGAACAAAUACUUGAAAAUGGUGAUCAUCGUGCCCGAUGAAAUCAAUGGCCUUAACAAUAUUUUGAACAACCUCGAGAGCUUCAACUACACUCGCCUUGCUAGUUCUGGGUCUAAGCGCGACGUUCACUUGCACCUCCCUAAAUUCAAAAUUGAGAGCAGUAUUGAUUUGAGAGAACCUCUUUCACAGAUGGGAAUGAGCAACAUGUUUUCUGAUAGCGCUGAUUUCAGUGGAAUUUCCAAUGUGCCGCUGAAGGUCGCUAAAGUCCUUCAGAAAGCCUACAUCGAAGUAAACGAGGAGGGCAGUGAAGCUGCAGCCGUCACGGUUAUUGAAAUCGAACUGCUGAGCUUUAGCCCGAAACCUGAGUUAAUAGUGGAUAGACCAUUUUUGUUCUCCAUUGUCGACGAAAGGACCAAUGUUUCACUGUUCAGUGGACAAGUCGUUCAUCCGAAGAGCGAAUAAAUCUGUUGGAGGUGCGUUAUUAAUCGUCGUUUUUCCGUGGCGAUAUCCCAUGCAAUCGAACUUAUUAUAAUUAAUAUAUCGUGAUAUUUUAGCAAUUCAAUUUUUGUAGUAUUAUUUUAGUAAAAUAUUAGAUACGCUUUGCAUGAUAUUACUUUAAAGUUUAGCGCGAAAUUCGUAAUAGACAUUGAAAUGUACUUGAAAUUAUAGAAGAAAACAUAAUAAUGAAUGAAAACAUUAUCAAACGAAAUCUUAUGUCGAAAUUAUACAUGUUUUUUUCAAAAGAUAUUUUUCAUACGUAGGUCUAAGUUUAUUAUGAAUAUUUUGUACUUUUCGGUGUCAAACAUAACUUAAUAGAUUUAAAAAAUACGUAAAUCUCUUUUAUUUUUGACAAAGAAUUUGAAACGAUUGAGUUAUAUAUUAUCAAUGACAAACACUUUACAGUAUUUUUAAGUGACUUUUUAUUACUAAUAAAA